CCUAUCUAACCAAUGCCGAGAGAGAGAGAGCAGUCGAGAGUCGAGAGACAGAGAAUUCUGCUCGAACACCUUCGACCAUCUACCACCUCGUCUUCCCUCGAGAAAAUCGAUUUCGCUCUCUCUGCAUCUGUCUGUGCUGCUGGAGAUAGUGCAGCAUACCACAGGUCAUUUGUUUAUGGGGAUGAUGUAGUUAUUGUGGCUGCUUAUCGUACUCCAUUUUGCAAGUCAAAGAGGGGUGGUUUCAAAGACACUUAUGCUGAUGAUUUACUUGCACCUGUUCUGAAGGCAUUGAUAGAGAAAAAAAAUUUGAGUCCAAGUGAAGUGGGAGAUAUCGUGGUGGGGACAGUAUUGGUGUCACGCUCUCAAAGAGCAAGUGAAUGUAGGAUGUCUGCAUUUUAUGCCGGCUUCCCUGAAACUGUUCCAAUUAGGACUGUGAAUAGGCAGUGCUCAUCGGGUCUUCAAGCAGUCGCUAAUGUAGCUGCAGCUAUUAAAGCUGGAUUUUAUGAUAUUGGUAUUGGUGCUGGGUUGGAAUCCAUGACAGCAAAUCAGAUGGCAUGGGAAGGCUCAGUCAACCCUAGAGUCAAGACAAUGGCACAAGUGCAAAAUUGCCUACUCCCCAUGGGUGUUACUUCAGAAAAUGUUGCACAGCGCUUUAGUGUAACAAGGCAGGAGCAAGACCAGGCUGCAGUCGAGUCACAUAGAAAGGCUGCUGUGGCGACUGCUUCUGGUAAAUUCAGAGAGGAAAUAAUCCCUGUGGCUACCAAGAUUGUUGAUCCCAAGACGGGAGAUGAGAAACCUAUUACGAUCUCCGUUGAUGAUGGUAUUCGGCCUAAUGCAUCGUUGUCAGAUCUGGGGAAACUGAAGCCUAUAUUUAAGAAAGAUGGGACAACCACCGCUGGUAAUUCUAGCCAAGUGAGUAAUGGCGCUGGAGUCGUCCUACUGAUGAAAAGAAGUGUUGCGAUGCAAAAAGGACUACCCAUUCUUGGCAUAUUCAGGACUUUUGCUGCAGUGGGCGUAGAUCCUGCUAUCAUGGGUGUUGGCCCUGCUGUCGCAAUUCCAGCUGCAGUCAAGGCCGCUGGACUUGAACUUGACGAUAUUGAUCUUUUUGAAAUAAACGAGGCUUUUGCAUCCCAAUUUGUAUAUUGCCGUAAGAAACUGGAGCUUGAUCCAGAGAAGAUCAACGUUAACGGAGGCGCAAUGGCACUUGGGCAUCCUUUGGGUGCAACAGGGGCACGUUGUGUCACCACCUUAUUGCACGAGAUGAAGCGACGGGGCAAAGACUGUCACUUUGGAGUUAUUUCUAUGUGCAUAGGCACAGGGAUGGGGGCUGCUGCUGUUCUUGAAAGAGGUAACUGUGUCGAUGACCUCAGCAAUGCUCGGAAAAUUGAGACCCACAAUCUUUUAUCAAAGGAUUCUCAAUAGAGUCAAUGGCUUAUUCUUGGGCAAUUCUGAUGAAUAAUGUUUAAGCUGAGCGUUUGAAAUCCUCGCAAAGUAAUAAUAUAGUGAGAAACUCUCUGGGUGGAUUAAGCUCUGUAAUUUCACUCUCUUUCUUUUUUCGUUGUUGAGAGAUAUGUUGCAUCUUGGAUAGCAAAGGACAAGUUCUUUUAACCCCGAAAUGGAAAAUCACAGUAGAUUUUGUU